UGUGAACUUGAUAGCAGAAGCUUACCACUUACAGGAAACAGAUACCCGGUAGUGCACUUUAUUUACAGACUGCCAGCUUCACAAACUAGUUCAGUUAUGAGCACAGCUAUGCACCUUAUGUUUUAUUUAAUAGUUCUUCUUAAUUUGGCUCCCUACAUAUGGACCAACGAGCCUGUCUUUAACAUUAAAGAUCAAGUGUUUAUUGACCAAUGCGUGAUUGAACACAACAAACACAGAAGUGUGGUGAACCCCCCUGCCAGCAACAUGCGAUACAUGACGUGGGACGAAGGCCUUGCAAUAUCAGCCCAGGCAUGGGCAAAGAAUUGCAUCUUUAAACACAACGUUAACCUUAGGGAGCCGAGCAAGAUGCACCCUACAUUCAAAUCGGUGGGUGAGAAUAUUUGGGUUGGCGCUCCAUACUCCAUUUUCAAAGUGGAAACGGCUUUGAGUUCAUGGGUGAGCGAGGUACAAUAUUACAAUUACUACAGCACUGAGUGCUCACCAGCGCAACAAUGUGGCCACUACACACAGGUUGUCUGGGCAGACACUUACAAGGUCGGGUGUGCCGCCCAAGCCUGUCCGAACGGUGUGUCAGAAACUACAUUUUCAUCAAUGGCAGGGAUCAUAUUUGUGUGCAACUACGCAACGGCAGGAAAUUACAGGGGUGUGGCUCCUUACAAAACAGGGAACCCGUGCAGCCUGUGCAGCAAAGAGACGUGUGAAAACCAACUUUGCCGCAACUCGACACGAGAUACACUGAUAAAGAAUAACUGGACCCCUGACUGGGACCCUGAGCUGUCGAACUGUGGCUCCUUCUGCCAGGCUGUUUUGAUCAUCAGGCCCGUGUCUGUCCUGCUCAUAUUUGCCAUUGUUUACGGUCUUAAACACCGUUAUACACACCUGUUUGCGUAUGAGUAAAAAAGCCUCAACACAACUGCAAAACUGGCCUAGUUUACAUGGCAAUAUGGCAGAUCUGUUAUACCAGGGGUGCUCACACUUCUAUGAUAUAAUGUUAUUAUAUUCAUAUAAUACUAUGUUUGUAUAUAUUGUUUGUUGCACAUUUUAUGCCAUCAACAACCUUUUUGAAACUCAACUAGAUUUCACUGGUGCAUUAUUUGGUUGUUCAGUAUUAAUCAACCAGUGCAAAACCAGCAUUACAUAGAGCGAGAGUAAGCCUUUUUAUUUGGAAAGAUCACGAAAAUUUGACUGUCAUCAUUUGUAAUAUAAUCCAUUGUAACAAUGAUGGUAGUACAUGGAUAAACCACACACACAUCUAUAAAUGGUCUACACA